UGGAGGGAGAAUUCCUCGAGAGAACCUCUAUGGACAGUUCUGGGCAAUAUCUGGUUUAGUCUCAGGAGGUUUACACGUCAGUUGGAAGAUUCUACCCCUGAGAGCUUGACCGACAGCAUCGUUGGCUGCGGAAGCUUGAAAAUCACCUGGGGAAAAUGCACCAGAGAAAAUCCAGUGUGUGCAGGGUCAGCACGGAUUGUUCAGCUGGUCAAAGACCAGAGAAUCUUUAGCGGCGUUGAAUGUGUUACCAGCAACUGCAAUGGCUUCUUCCCAAAGGAAAGGACUGCAAGCAAGGGUGCUUAGCUCUGAAGAGGAGGAGAAAUUGCAGAGAGACCAAGCUUUGGUGUCUGACUUUAAACAGCAAAAACUGGAAAAAGAGGCUCAGAAGAACUGGGACCUCUUCUACAAAAGAAACAGUACCAAUUUUUUCAAGGACAGACACUGGACCACCAGAGAGUUUGAGGAGCUAAGAUCAUGUAGGGAGUAUGAAGGUCAAAAAUUGACUUUGUUGGAAGCUGGAUGUGGGGUUGGGAACUGUUUAUUCCCACUUUUAGAAGAAGAUUUGAAUAUCUUUGCCUAUGCCUGUGAUUUUUCUCCAAGGGCAGUUGACUACGUUAAGCAAAAUCCUUUAUAUAACACAGAGAGAUGUAAAGUAUUCCAGUGUGACCUCACUAGAGAUGACCUCCUUGACCAUAUCCCACCAGAGUCUGUGGAUGCUGUCACAUUGAUCUUUGUGCUCUCAGCUGUUCACCCUGAGAAGAUGCACCUUGUCUUACUAAAUGUGUACAAGGUAUUAAAACCAGGCAGAAGUGUCUUGUUCCGUGACUAUGGGCUGCAUGACCAUGCCAUGCUUAGGUUUAAAGCUGGAAGCAAACUUGGAGAAAAUUUUUAUGUCAGACAAGAUGGAACCAGAUCCUAUUUUUUUACUGAUGGUUCUGUAAAGGUGGAAAGGAAGAGGAGGGAGACCAGGAGCUGCAACAGGAAGGAGCCAGCUUCUCACAUGACUGCAGUAGUCUGUAGGGCUGAAGGGUGUUACUUGGGUGUGGUCGUGCCUCCUCUGCCUGACUCAGCAAUAUCCCCCACCCCAGAGAAUUUCAUACAUACAGUUAGAGGUGUUGUCUGAUCAUUCAUUUAGAAUAAAGUAUAGGGCCUAUUGAGAUGGCUCAGCAGGCAGAGGUAUUGGUUGCCAAGCCAGAAAACCUGUGUUUAUGCUACUCACAUAGUAGUAGGAGAGAACUGACUCCUGCAAGGUGUUCCCUGACCUCUAUGUGUACUGUGGCAUGUGCACAUACACAUGAAUAAAUUAAUAAAUGUAGGCCGGGCGGUGGUGGCGCACGCCUUUAAUCCCAGCACUCGGGAGGCAGAGGCAGGUGGAUCUCUGUGAGUUUGAGGCCAGCCUGGUCUCCAAAGCGAGUUCCAGGAAAGGCGCAAAGCUACACACAGAGAAACCCUGUCUCUAAAAACAAGCAAACAAAAAAAAAUAAUAAAUGUAUAUAAAGUAAUAAAUAUGCUGAAAUCUGAAACCCUUACCAUGGCAGACAGGCAUUGCAUAGUCUACUCACUGGCAGGUCUUGGAUCUCAUCUGCCUUGCUCUCUGUCCCACACACUCUUUCUUGCUCUACCCACUCCCCCCUCCCCCAGCACAUUGCCAUCCCGGGACUUUCGCACAUGUCACUAAAGUAUUCUUCCCUGAAGGGCGGCACAGGUGCUUUGUCUUUUAAUAUCAUUCAGGCCUUGGCAUGUUAAGUGCAUAUGUUCUAACCACAAUAGCACCUCCUUUUCUUGGCACUGAUCACACCUGCUGUGUGUGCGUGCAUUGUGUGUAUGUGUGUGUGUGUGUAUGUGUUUUGUCUGACUCUGUAAUAGAAUGUAAGCUCUCUAUCUGUGGUGAGUUCAUGUCUUUGGAUCUCAGUAGUCACUUGGCAUCUGGGGGUGUUCAAAUGUGAAAUAUCUAGUAAGUAUUUGUCAGACGCCUAAAUGAAUAGACAACUGAGUGGUGCCUCAUUUCCCACAGUUUAUAUUUGUGAUGGCCCAUCUUCCUUAUAAACUUGCCUGGGUUUAGAAUCACCUAGGAGUGUAGAUGUAACCAACGGUCUUAUUAAAUAAGAAACACAGAGCCGAUUCAGAGAAGAAAGCCAAGAGGUCAGAGCUAAGAGCCUCACCCUUCCUGAUUCAGGGAUCCUCUCCAGCCAAGAGAGCUCUCCGAAAAAAGGGGCCUACUUCCUGUGUGUAUGUCUUUAUAUAGUGUAGCUGUUCUGCCUUCUCAUUGGUUGUAAACCUAAACAUGUGACUGCCUCGUCACUGCCUGAAUGUACCGCCCUCCGGGUCCUUAAAGGCGUGCGCCACCGCCGUCACGCACUUGCUAUGGCUCUAAUAGCUCUGACCCCCAGGCAACUUUAUUUAUUAACAUACAAUUAAAAUCACAUUUCAGUACAAGUAAAAUACCACCACAUAGGAGACACACCUCUGGCCAGUCUGUGAGGGUGCUCUAGAGAUGUCUAACCAUGGAGUGAAGACCCACACUUAAAGCAGGUGGUCAUCCUAAACUGAACAAGAAUGGAGAAGGGGAAAGUCAGCUGAGCACUGGCACUCCAUCUCUGCUUUGUCCAGAUGUAAGCAUUCUCAUGCUGUCACUGCUAGUCCUUCCCUGCUGGAUGAGCUGUUCUCUUAAACCGGAUUCAUUCACAGUGGCUACAAGUUAUAUGUCCUUGUCCCCCCAUUUCAGGGUCUCUAGAGUUUCAGGAAAAGACAAAAGGAUUUGUUUUGUUUUGUUUUGUUUUUGAGACAGGAUUGAUCUGUGUAGCCCUGGCUGUCCUGGAACUCACUCGGUAGACAAGGCUGGCCUCAAACUCACAGAGACCCUCCUGCUUCCUAAAUACUGAUAUAAACAGUUCCUGUGUCACAUAAAGGAACACAAAGUGAAAGUAGCUUACCAGGAGAAUUAUUUUUGCAAAAAGUAUGCAGCAAGAUCCAAAUUGAGCUAGCAAGCUCUUUGGGACAGGAAGUUCACUUUAAAAAAGUAUUUUUGUCCAUGAGUGUUUUGCCUGCAUGUUGUAUGUCUGUGUACCACAUGCAUGCAGUGCCUGCAGAGCUCAGAAGAGGGUGUCAGAUCCCCUGGACAUGUGGUUCUUAAAGCUGCCAGAUGGGUGCUGGGAACUGAACCUGUGUCACCCGGAUGAGCAGCUAGUGUUCUUAACUGCUGAGUCAUCUCUCCAGCCCCUUGGUUUUUAUACCGGGCCAGGUAGUAACUGUGUGUGUCUCCCAUCAGCUGGGGUCCAACCUCACGGUGUUUCAAGACUGGCUAGUUUCAAGAGGACUGGAGCAAAGGAAAUUAAGGAAAUUGGGAAGAGGUGGGUCACUUCAAAGUUCCAAGAAUGAGUGUGUGAACAAACAUUUUGCUGCUGGGAGGAGAUUAAAACACUUGCAUAAAGAUAUCACAAGAUGGAGGUGAUAAAAAGAUGAGCAUAAAAUCUUUCAAGGUGAGAGAGAGAACAAAAUUUGAAUUCUCUGUCCUAAACAAAAAGUUUUAGAGUGUUUGACAGACUAAUAGUUGCUGGGUACACCCUUUAAUCGAAGCACUCGAGGCAGAAGGAUAUGGAUCUCUGUGAGUUCAAGGCUAACCUGGACUACAUAGUGAGACCCUGUCUCUAAAACAAAGCAAGACUAAUACUUAAUGUUUCUUACCCUGCUGAGAUUAAAGCCAUGUGCCACCAUGCUUAGCCUGGAAAAGACAUUUUUAUUAGAAGAGAGACAAAGGAACAUUUUCAACACAGCUGUCCUCCUGAAGAUGGAGAUGUAACACUCUGGGAUAGCACAGGACUUCCACCAAGUACUGAAUAAUAAAUCCAGGUGGGUAUAGAGAUACUGUAGAUGUAACUGUCUUAUUAAAUAAGAAACACAGAGCCAAUACAGAGAUGAAAGCCAAGAGGUCAGAGCAAUAGCUAAGAGCUAAAAACCUUACCCUUCACUGUCGCUGUUGCCCUACCUCUCCAAAAGAGAGCUACUUCCUGUGUCUGUCUUUUUUUAUAGAGUUUCUGUUCUGCCUUCUCAUUGGUUGUAAACCCAACCACAUGACCUCCUAGUCACUGCCUGCCUGUACAGACCUCCAGGUCUUCUAUGGUUGGUAUUGAGAUUAAAGGUGUGUGUCUCCAAUGCUGGCUGUAUCCUUGAACACACAGAGAUCUACUUAGCUCUGCCUACCAAGUCCUGGGAUUAAAGGCAUGCACCACCACCGCCCAGCUUUUGCUAUGGCUUGCUAAUAGCUCUGACCCCCAGGCAACUUUAUUUAUUAACAUACAAAUAAAAUCACAUUUCAGUACAAAUAAAAUAUCACCAUAAGAUACCCUCGAGUUGAGCUCUCCAAGGGUGGACCACACGAGGGUCUCUCCAUUGGAGCGCGGCUUGUUUGAUCACCCCAGACAUCAGGCUUGGAUGACACAGGCACAGCAAUAUGUGACCAGCCUGCAGAGAUGGGGUCCCAGAGGACAGGAGACCAGGUCUGACCGGUAUGGUGGCCAGAGAGGAAUAAGCCGGCAUAAGCCUGGCCCGACAGACAUCUCCGUUCUCCUCCCUCCGCAGCCUCUCCCCACUGUCUUAAAGGUUAACUGGGAAGCACAGAGGCUAUGAGUUUUACCCAGAAAGAUCUGUAUCUUGAAGUGGUAAGGCGGUAUACAAACACAGGUAGCAUAUUUUCCUCUACUGUUUGGAGGAAGAUAAACCACAGGGCAAUAAAAACAAAUAACACCAAUACAAUCUUUAAGCAAAGCCAUGUCUCAAGAUUUUGGCUAAGGCAUUUCACCUGUGUUAAUCAGAUUUUUAAAAUUUUUUUUUUAAUUUAAUGUGUAUAGGUGUUUUGUCUGCAUGUAUGUCUGUACACCACAUGUGUGUCUGGUAUUCACAGAGGCUAGAAGAGGGCAUUAGGAUCUCCUGGAACUGGAAACACAGGCAGUUGUGAGCUGCCAUGUGGUCCUGAGAAUUGAACCCAGGUCCUCUGGAAGAGCAUCCAGGGCCAUCUCUCCAGCCCCUAAUCAUCAGUGUGACAAAAGAUGACAGAGAUAACUCAAGCUAGUGAACAUUCACUUUAGCUCCUUCUUUUAGUUCAUGGUUGUCUGACUCUGUUACUUUGGGCCUCAGGCAAGGCUUUUGAAUAUCAUGGUUGCAGGAGCAUGAUGGAGGCUGUUCAUCUCAUGGUAGCUGGGAAGCAGAGAGGAGGAGGAGGAGGAGGAGGAGGAGGAGGAGGAGGAGGAGGAGGAGGAGGAAGGAGUCAGAGCAAGAUAUACUCCCUCAGUGACUGCUUCCUCCAACCAGCCUCCAACUUUCACAGUCCCACUACCUCCCAGAAGUCUAGUUAGGUUCUGGGUUCAAAUACGGGUCAGUCUACUGAUGGAGGCAGGACUUGCAUGAUUGAAUUAUUUCCCCCAAAACCUCACCUCAAAACACUGCGUGUAUCAGAACCUACCGUUAGCUGUCUGGGGAUACUUCACAUCUGAAGUAUAACAGCACCUCUGCCCACACUGAGGCAAGUGAUAAGACCCCUGCCAAGCAGUGCUGCUUUAACACAUGCAGUCCCAAACUAUAGAAAUGACAGACAUCUGGCUGCCUGGACAGUCACCCAAGGUUCCUCUGUAACAUUGGGGCAUCAUCGGCCUGCAGGCCUAGAAUAUCUGACAGACUUUUCUGUGAAGCAGGAAAUUUUUGAAGGACUGCCCUACCUUGUCAUGGCAAAGUUUGGCAGUUGCUUUUUUGUGUGUCCUGCUUGUCCAGUUUGGAUAGCAUACUGUGAACAGUCAAGGCAAGGGCGGUUUCUUGUCCAAAUGGCUAGCUUUUGCCACAAAGAAAGCAAACUCCAUAUGGAGGUUCUUCAAUGCUUAUCAUCCUUUUAUGAAGUAGAUUGGUGCUGCCAGGAGCAGAUGUAUCUCAUCGACAUGAAAGGCCUUGUUAUUAAAACAGUUUAAAAUUCCAUAUUCUGUAUGUCUUUGAAGAGUUUGGAGACCAUCUCUGUAUUUAAAGUAUAUCUCUAUUUGACCUUGAAAACAUACCUAUAUAUAUGUUUGAUUGUUAUAGAAGACUAACUACUAACUAAUAGUAUUUCUUUACUAUCCUAAAUAGCUUUCAAGGACUAAAACUUUACAUAACCUUUUAAAAUGAGCUGCAUCAGUACAAUACCUUAAACAAGAGUAGGAACAUAUAUACAGUAUAACAAAAAUAACCUUAAAUUUGUAUCAUUAUAUAAAAAUCCAUACCAAUGUAAAAUGUUUGAGACCAGUGGUUGUUCAAAAGUAGACUCAACAAUCCACCCUUUUAUCUCAUCGUUUCUAUACUAUAUCCCCCUUUUCUCCUUUAGAAUGAGAUCCUUGAAUCUAAUCUCCUUUAGUUUUCUCCCUGACCAUGACCAAUAAUAACUUGUAACCAACCACCCUUAAUGAUGACAAACAUCCAUAACCCAUCAAAUGACCAAAAACCAUCCACCCCACCUCUUGGCAAUAUGGGCACCAUGUUCUCUAGACUGCUUCCUGUUGUCUGGGGGCAAUGACAUCUUUGAGGGACCCUGAGAAAAGUAAGAUAAUAUAAAUUCCUGGGAGAGCUAGCUAUUGUCUAGUCUCAGUGUGCUAGAAAAAUGUAGGGCUUAUCUGAAGUCUGGCUGGAGUAGUCUGUGAGGCUGGACCAUCUCAGCCAUCAGACUUGAAGCUGUUCUGGAUAUAGAACUCUGAGGAAACUGCAACAGAGGCAUUCUUAGAGGCUGGAUCACCUGAGCUACUUGUCUUCUUUGGUGCCUGGUCCCCUUGCUCUGAGAACACACAAAGUUUUAAAGGUAACAUACAUGUCUGCAUUAACGCAAGUAUGAAAUGUGCAGUGUGCAUAAAUCAAUUAAAGAUGAGUUUGAGCAGGUAAAAGGUGUCUGUCGACUUUAUAAGUCCAUUUGGGCUGCAUAACCAAACUGUAAUAUAAAUCUCUGUCCAUGCCAUAUGAAAAGAUAGCAUGUAAUAAGUCAUGAUGGGCCAGUCGUUAGUGGCGCAUGCCUUUAAUCCCAGCACUCAGGAGGCAGAGCCAGGCAGAUCUCCGUGAGUUUGAGGCCAGCCUGGGUUACCAAGUGAGAUCCAGGACAGGCACCAAAACUACACAGAGAAACCCUGUCUUGAAAAACCAGGAAAAAAAAGUCAUGAGAACUCUGUAGCAAACAAGAUUUAUCAUGUCCCAUCUCAUCUCUGAGCUCUUCCCAUGCAGAGGGAUCAGCUUACAUGUCACUCGUCCUGUAGUCUUUUUUGGCUUCCUCUCCAGUGUCUGUAACCAAGAUUUUCAGGAGGUCUCCCCCAGUCCAAUCUGAUCUCUACUAACCUGGAAAGAAUCCACAGCCUUUCAUUUCCUGUGGAAACAAAAGUGUAACCUCUUCCCCAACGUAAUACAUUUUUUUACUUCCAUUUUAAAGUUAUGGCAUCCCUAAAGUAUAUAGGUUGGUUUAAUUCAGCAGUCCCUUCCAAUCCAAUGUCUCUCAGCAGCUGUUGUCUGUUUAUUAGCAUUCAAAAAGUUCAAAAUUAACAAAGCAUCAUAUAAAGUCCAAACUCCCUGCGUUAUAGUAUUUCCCAUCCUUACAUGGCUUAUUCUUUUUGUUAUUAUUAUUACUUCUCUCUUUAAAGACUUUACUUAUCAUUUUUAAACUAUUUUUUAUGACUAUCUACGUCCUUUUUCUUUUUUUUUCUUCAGUGUCUAAGCAUAUUUUUAAAAACACUGUAACCUGUGUAGAGAUUUUUUUUUCCAUCUGAACCUGUUUUACUGUGUAUCUGUAACCUUUUCUGUCUGUAUGAACAAAACCUUAAACAGCUCAUGGCAUGCUGGCAGCUCAAGUCAGCAGGCAGUGGCCAAGAUACAAAUAUCUGUACCAUGACCAGCAUGAGAGACUGCGGGACUAGGAAACCACGUUUGGCUCUGUUUUUGUGUGUUUGGAACCUUUUUUUUAAAGCUUUUUCAGGUGUUACAUGGAAAUACAUACCCCCAAAUUGGAUGCCAUUUGUAGCUGGCCUUUUUCAUCAGGACUGCCUGCUCCCCAGUAAUGACAUGGAGACUUAUUAAUUAUGAACGCUCGGCUCAUAACUUAGGCUUGUUUCUAACUAGCUCAUAACAAUCCAUUUAUAUUAAUUUCUUCCUGCCUCAUGGCUUUAUUAUCUCAUCUCCGCAGUGCCCAUCCUGCUUGCUCUGCAUCUCCUGGCAUCUCCCUCUUCUUCUUGCCAGCAUCCUCUCUGCCCAGAAAUCCUGUCUCCCUAUUGGCCAUUCAGCUUUUUAAUUAACCAAUCAGAGUGACACAUCUUCACAGUGUACAAAAAGAUUAUUCCACAACAGCAGAUGAGCUACCCAUCUACCUCUCAGGGCCACUGAAAGCCUGACAAGAAGCAUUGCUGUCAUUGAAAACUUAUUACAGACAGCAUUAGAAAACUGUUUUCUCUGAGAAUGACACAUUAUGAUCAGGCAAUAGGUGCUUCUGGGAAAUGACAAAAUACAGAUCCAGGAAGGGAUCAUCAUAGCACACUUUAUCUAACCAGCUCCUGGGGUAUUUCAAAUUGUAAAGUUAAGCUGAAAAUGUUUAAAAUGGCCAACAAGAUCCCAGCCUGAAACAUACCAGCAAUGAAUAGCCCACAGGGUGAAGGGUAGGGGAAGCAUCUGCUGUUUUGAUUUGAAGGUCUGGCUGUGUCGCUCAGGCUGGUCCGGAACUUGUGGCCCUCUGGGGCUUGUUUCAGGUUGUGGACUGGAUGUUUUGGUUUGAUUCCUCGCAAACUCCUAUGCUGAAAUCUUAACUCCUAAUUGAUGGUUUUAGGAAGUGAAGCCUUGACAGGUCAUAAGGCUGGAGGGUGGAGGUCUGAGAAAAUGGAAUUAACAUCCUUACAAAAAGAGACUCCAGAGGUUUUUCUCUCCUCCUCCUCCUCCCCAUCCUCCUCCUCCUCCUCCUAUUUUUUUAAAUUUUUACAUCCCAACCAAAGUUUCCCUUCCCUACUCUCAUCCAAGUCCCUCUCCCCACCCCCUCCCCACUCCACCCCUCCUCCUGUUUCUCUUCUGAAACCAGUGGGCCUCCCAGAGGGCCUAGGUCAGUCCCAUGCAGGCUCCCUGGUUGUUGGUUCAGUUUCUGGGAGCCCCUAUGAGCCCAGGUUAGUUUAUUUUUUUUAAUUAAAUUUUUUCAUUUAUUUUACAUCCUGAUCACAGCUUCCUCUCCCA